CCACCAACGCCAUGCCCAAAAGAAAGGCGGAAAGGGGAUACAAAAGGAGAUAAAACAAAGGUGAAGGACGAGCCACAGAGAAGGUCUGCAAGGCUGUCUGCUAAACCUGCUCCUCCAGAGCCAGAGCCCAAGCCUAAGAAGACCCCUGCGAAGAGGGGGAAAAGGCACCGAGGGAGGAAGGGGAAAGCCAAUGCCAGUAAGGACUCGAAUAGUGCUGAGGAAAAUGAAGACAUCAAAAUAGACCAGGCACUGACAACUGAAGGUUCUGGAGAUGCCAAUGCAUAUCUUCAAAUCGUCUCAGAUGUGAUCCCAGUGCUUCUUUUUAAUCUGACUGUUUUCUUCAGCGUGUGCCUGGCAGUGUGUGAGAACAUCUGCGCCUUCACGUAA